GUCGAUGUGGCCGAGCGAAUGCUUCGGACCAUGCGGCGCGGCGGCCUCGUCCCAUCGCCCGUCGCCGUUACUUUGAGCUGUGCCUUUCCGCCUACAGCAUCUUUGAGCAGCACAGCUGCAGACAUCAGCGGCAAGUGGACAUGCUCCCUUUGUCGUCUGGAUGUGGUGCGAGACUCGACCAGGCACCUGAUUCCCGCAGACAAGGUCACCUUCUCCUGCCUGAUCAAUGCGGCUCUCGAGCUCAAUGUGCCCGACCGCACCCCGCCGCUGCUGGCGAAGUUCAGCGAGGUGCCCUUCAGAAUCCCUCCCGAAGGCGAACAUUGCACCGAAGGACCUGUGUGCACUUUGCAAGCAGUGUGGUCGGGCGUGGGCAAGGCUCAGGUUGAGAUGAACAACGAAUGCUUUUAUGCGAAGGACUACGUACUUCAUUUCCGAUGCUACGUGGCGCUGGGGAACGUCAAGGAUGCCGAAAAGCUCUUUCAGCAGCUUGACACCAAGGCCGAUGUGCAGGGGCACAAUCUGCAGCCGGACGACAUCACCCUCGGCGCCCUCCUGGAUGCUUGCAUGGCGGAGAACGAUCAGACAGUGGCCAGCGAGAUCAGCGAGCUGUUUCUGAAGAAGAACGAAGAGCUGAAUCGAGUCAUGUGUGGCUGGGCUGCCUUAUCUGUGCCACGAGGGAUUUGUACGCUCUUGAUCAAGGGCUUCGUGCGGGGUGGAGGCCUCCAGAAAGCCUUGGCGCUCUUUGAGUCCAUGAAGCAAGCAAGACAGUUCUUUGCAACGCCGAGAUUCUUAGCAUUGACGUUGAAGGAGUUCCGUUUGUUUCAUUACUUCAGAUGGAGAGCUGGCAGCUUGGAGCAUCGACAAAUGUCACGUGUUGUCCCAGACAUCAUUGCAUAUUCCGUGCUCAUCAAGGGCCUCGUUGACCAGCACCACCUGAAGCAGGCUUUGGACAUACUGGAAGAGCUCUUGCUGCAGUACACAGGGACCUACGGCACGAACAACCCGCUGCCCACCAAGCACCACAGCCACGAGGAGACGCAGCAGCUGAAGAAAAGGCCCCGCCGCAGAGGCGGGACACAGCCAGAGCACAACAAGGGGGAGGACAUGGCGGCCACCAAGCAGACUCAGCAGCGGGAGAACGACAAGCACAAGCAGCCAGGCCAGUCACAACCAGAGGAGGAGUCGCAUGGUGGCGGGGGGAGGACCUACAGCAACUCCACGACAGAGACGGGGACGGCCUUCGAGCUUAUCCCCGUUGGCCUCGUCCAUCGCAACCUGGAACCAGAACAAUGGGUGCUGCGAAUCCGAAACCUACCCUCGCCCAACUCCAGAGAUCCAGCCAGUGCUCCGCUGCACGCGCGUAAAUACCUGCUCACGUGGAGACCCAAAACAACGUCGUGGGUGUUGGGGGACCUGACAGAAGAAGAAGGGGACGCAUACCGUGCUAGCGCUAUGGUUCGAGGACCUCCAGUACCAGACAUGAGCGCAUUGGCUCAAGACCAUGAGCUCGACUACCUGUCUGUCUCCCCCGAAAGAUACGCGGAUGUGCGCAUGGCCAGGGCGAAGACGCAAUUUCCACUGGAAGACCCUUACCAACCCAGAGGGGGACGGAGGGAGGAGCUUAGACAGAUCGCGGCGGGGGAAAUCCCAGCCAUGCCACCACCACCUGACCGCAUCUACUACGCCCCCUCCGCGUCCCAAGUCCCUGCGUCAAGCCACCCCGGAACACCAGCAGCAGAAAACGGGCAGCAGGCCCACACACGGUCUCCCCAAGAACAACAGCAACAGCAGCAGCAGACCCCAGUAGGGGGAGGAAGAACCCAGCAGCAGGCACAUGACACACCCACCACCGGAGGGGGGGCAGCGAUCUCCUUUUACUCACAAGAAGCUCGCUCAGCCUUCACCGUCACGAAGGGGGAGAACUCCCCACAGCAAGGGGAGCAGCAACGGGACAGCCAACCGGCACACCCCAAAGCACCACCGCCGAAGCCGCCCAGCAGCUCGGAAGAUGAAUGGCCGAGCGAAGAUGAAGCCCCGCCGGAGGAGGAGGGGGGCCAGGCCCCACCGGGGGACAGCCUAGCCAAGCCUCUUCCUCUUCAACGGGGAGAACCUCCCACACAUAUCCACCGCCACCCCGUGAUCCGCGCCAUCUUUCAGAGGAGCAACGUUCGCGGGAGGAGUGCUACCAAGGUGGAGAACGGGGGCGGAUACGUCGCGUACGGCAGCUAUGACAGCAGGCAGGGGGGAGCGAGACGCAUCAACCCGGCCCAGAUGGCAGCCACUCUGGUGGAGGUGGUCAGGCACAUCUUGCGGGGUACACUCCACGCUACAUCAGCGCGCACGGAGCUGGCGGAAGUGGGGGAGCUGCUGGAAGAUGUCGUGGCGGACUUCGGAGCUUCUAUUAGACUCCGGGACAGCGCGGGGAUCGCAGAGGGGAGAGACGCCCUCAUGGAAGCCGUUGACAUCUUGGACCAAAUCGUCCUCAACUACAACGCCGAGCAAGACGAGUGCACCAUGGACCCUGCAACGUUGCAAGACGACCUCCUCAGACUUGCCCAACAGCUCCAGAUCGUCGUGCCCGCGCAUAACGAUUUGUUGGGGGAUAUUCCGGGAGAACUCCCCUCGCAAAGUUGGCCAUCGUCAAGUUCGCAGGAGCUCUUUGAAGGGUGUGGAGACGAGAUGGGACUUAUGCAGCAGUUGGGGGGAGGCCGAGGAGAACAUCACGUACAACGGCCCCAAACGUGGUCGGGCCUUCUGCAGCAGAUCAGGGGGGAACUCAACAACAUGCCGCUCCAGUGUCGCCACGCAUGCGUACGCAUGUGUGCCCAGUUGAUCUGUCGCCUCCACCGUCCGGGGCCCGAUCCGGCGGGGGACACCGAAGAAGGACACCAAUGCGCCAUCCAGUUACUGUCCGUCCUCGAGAACGAGUUCCCUGAAAGCUACCGUACCAACGGGCAAUAUGAAGCGGAGGGGACGAGCACCCUGGACUUGCGGGGAGCUAUCAACACCACGAAGGGAACGCGAGGGACGGCAACAGGGGAAGGACUUCGAGCCCACGGCCCUGAUGCAGUCCUUAGUUAUGGGAAGACCCAGCAGUACGACCAUACCCAACACCCGGGAAACGGCAUGGGGCGCCAACAAAGGGACAACUACGCAGCGGAAGCAAUGGAGCUGAUUACAGAAGCGAUGGGGCUGGCAAAUGAUGUUGGCAUGCGGGGAGUGGUCGACUACCUAGCCGCAGCAGCAACAAGGCUAUCGCAACUCCACACGAUCAGAGUCAGGGGGACGAACCGAACGGGGACACCGCUGCCUACACCAAACGCCUUCGAGAUUGCCGCGCUCACAGUGGGGGUCAUGGAGGAGAGCAACCAACAUGGGGAACAACCGUCAAUGGCGGAGCUGCUUGAACUGCUGGAACUGGUACAAGCAGGCAUGGCUUACAACUGGCAAGUUACGCAUUGGGCUACAGAUGCAGCGGAGGAGGCCCUAGCCCUCCUCACAGGAGCUGGGAGAAAUGACACCGCAGAUACCAUCGCGCAGGACAGGGGACAACCGAUGCAACAUCCACAGCGCGAUCCACCUGACGCACUCCAUGUAUACAGAGCACAACGAGCACUACGGCAACUGCAUCCAUUCCUGGAAGGGGAGAUGAGAGUCCUGGGGGAACAAGCGCUCGAUCAAUUGGGAGCGUGGAUACAAUCGCACUGGGGAGAAGAAGUACAGCUCCUCAGCAGCGAUGAGGAAGCGCCCACCGGCCAACAGAACCAGGGCGAGGAGAAGAUCCAGAACCGGGGGGACGCGAUGGAAGCCACAAUGCCAGAUGGGGACAGCGGGGCGGCCAGUUCCACAGCGCCCUUUACAA